GGAGAACUGGCAAAAAAGCCCUACUUUCUUAGGUGCAAGCCAAGGGCAGGCACUGUCCAGUUCUAACUCUGUGCUUGCUAAAGUAAGUGUCCUUUUACAAGAAACAUCAUUUUGCCUUUGCUGAACAGUACAGUUGACAAAAGCACCCUCAAACCCGGAUUUUGAAAUUAAACCAGUGCCAAAACACGUAGACAAUUAAUAGUUCUCCACCUUAGCUACUGGGAACAAGGACUGAGACCAGAUAAACUUGUUUUCCUUGUGAUCAGCAGCUCUAUAAGAAGGCUGGCAGUUUGCUAGCAUUAGUCAGUGGAAAGGUUUAUUCUCUGGUUCUUCCACAGCAUAAAGCCUUGAGAGGUUGAGCAAGAAUGUCUUCUGAAGGCUUUCUGAAGGAAAUGCAAACUAUCGGUGAGAAGUUUCUCCUUAAGCUCCAGAAACUGCCCAAGGCUGACCCAGUGGAGAUUGUGUCCUUUUGUGUGGUUCUUCUGUUUAUCGUUACUGUUCUGGUGCUCAUGGUCAUUGCCUGCAGCUGCUGCUGCUAUAGCUGCUGUAGCUGUGAUGGACAUCCCGACCGCAGACGUAGAAAGAUCCAAGUCCGCCCAGCUGCCCAUUCAUGAAAUGCAACAAGUGGUGACACAAUUUACUAUCAAGGACAUGCAUGGACAUCAUGAUUCAGUCCCAUGGGGAUGAUCUACACUAGGUCACUGGAAAUGGCAAUAACAAUAACAAUUAAUAUGACUCAAAGGACCAGAAAUCACAGCAUGGAAUUCCUUCUUUCCGUGACAGCUGUUACUGUGACCAGAAAGAUAAUGCUACUUUACCAUCACUGUCUCCUUCUUCUAGAGUGGGGUGAGGGUGCUGGACACAUGCUGCUGAGAAAACAAAUACGCUUUCCCAUUAACAGCCCUGCAACUGGGCCCGCCAGCAACUCCCUCUGUGAGCAUGGAGCCACAGAUCAAAGCAGAGAACACAGAGGCUGCCACAUGCUAGGCAGCGCUUACUCUCUUUACAGGCAGCUAAUCCAGAAGGAUGAUGCUGGGCACUAGCAGAACCCCCUGACAUCACUGAGAGAUCUACAUGCUUAAUGCAUCUUGGAUCAAUCCCAAACCUGCUAUCUCAAAAGCUGACUGCAAUGGACACAUUUAGCAGAGACGUCUGCUGAGAACAACAAAACUCAUCCAGACAUAUCAGCUGAGGCUCUGAGCAUAGCCAGAACAAAUGCUCCUUGCUUUACUGCAUGGGGGCUACAGUGAUAGGAAACUGCCAAAGAGAAAAAACAGUUCAUUUGCAAUACCCUUUGUAACAGAAACGUGAAGGCAAAAGUGAAAACUUCACCAAUGCUACAGCUUCAUUUGAUCAUUCUGCUGUUAAACACGCUCCCUCCCCACCCUCUGUGUGCUUCUACUCUUCUGCUUACUGCAGAUGAAAGAUUCUUACAGAGCAUGGGAGUUUGAGAUUAACAAACCCAUCCUUCCUUGAGGGACGUGGGUGCCUGACUCCCUGCCCUGUGUGCAGUUUAUUUUAGUGGACAUAAACAUUAUGCCUUAGGUUUGUUUAUUAGCACAUGCAAAGGCAUUUCAGAGGAGUGACAUACCAGGUGGUAACCAUCACUGCAGGGCACCCAUGCAGCAGCGGGCUGUGUGACAAAGCAGAGCCCAGAACAGCCUGUACAGCUGGAGACAAGUGCAAAUAAAUCCCUUUUCCACACUGCA